AUGAGUUACUUCCUUGGUAAAUUGACUGGUGAAAUUCCUUCCUUGUUGAUCUAUCCAUUGGUCUUUGUUACUUUCUGGUAUAUCCUCGUUAAUCCUGAAGCUGAAUUCUACACAUACUAUGGACUCUUCUUAUUAUUCGAAAUUGUUUUCAGUUCUCUUGGCUAUUUCAUUUCAGUUUUCGUUCAAAGAACUCAUGCUGAAUUUGUUGGUGUAAUGUACAUUAUUUUGUGUGCCUUGUUGGGUGGUGUUCAACCAACAGUUCGUACCAUGUCUAAGGAAUGGUAUACAUUGGUUUUGGUUUGUUCUUCUCCAGUGAGAUGGGCUGUCGAAUUAAUGUACACUGUUGAAAUUAGAAAGUAUCAAGAAAGUAAUCAAAAUGUUGCUACUGCUUUGGAGAAUUAUGGUUUCUCCUAUAAGGCCUACUAUAUUUCACCAAUUAUCUUGAUUGCUAUCACUAUCAUUUUCUUGGUAUUAUCAUUCGUUGGUUUGGUUAUGAGAGAUCCACAAGCUGUCGAAAGAAUCAAGACUCUCACUAGAGUUUACAUUAGAAAGGGUAAGAGAAAGUUGAAGAAAUUGAAGAGUGAAAGAAAGAAGCCUGGUGACUAUGUCUUCCAACAAGAAAGUGAAAUUCAAGUUCUCGAAGAUGGUGAAGAAAGUGAAUCAGAUGAAGACGACGAAUUGUUAUUGCAACAAGAUGAAGUCUAUCAACCACCAUCCAUGCAACAAGAUCAACAAUAA